AAUGUCAGGAUACAGUUGUGAUGAAUAUCCAUCAGGAGAAUCUCUCAGGAUCACUGAAAAGGUUCGCUGCACAACGUUAAUCUUUUCCUUCACUCACUCAGAAAGACUAGAAAGUGCAAUACAAGUUCAAGUCCAUUUCUCCACUCCAAGCUACAAUGGAUUUAGAAACUCAACUUGUCAGAGCGCCACAACAAAAAUGAGCGUAAAGGCAGCUCUUCAGACGUCUCCACUGUCUGCUCCAUCAGGACUCCUGCUGCUGCUGCUGAUCGGAGUGAUUUCCUGCCAUCUACCUGGGGUCCAGGCCAGACCCAUAGACUUCUGGUGCAACCGCGAAGCCAGGAAACACAUGGGGAAAGCAGUAGAGGGUCUGAAGAAAGAAAUGGCUGACUGCGUGGGUUCUCACAUGCUGCCCUCUCCUCUACAGCUACCAUGUGUUUGGGUACAACCAGCAGAAUGGGCAAACAAAACUCUACAGCAGAAGCGUGCAGAGGUGCUCGGGGCUUUCCAGGUGUUUCGAGAUGGAGUUCACGGGGCAGCGAAUCAGACCACAUUGCAAUGUCAGACCUCAUUGCUAGAGAGACUUGGACAUCAUGUAACAAACUAUGUGGGUCUCGUCAGCAGCCUCCAGAUACAGAACGACAUGGGGACAUCAUCUCAACCUGCAGCACAGAACUGUCCCCCCGAACGCAGUCUGAAAAAAGUGUUGGAACAAUACGGAAGGCUGCUGAAGGGAAAACUUGAGCGCUUUGCUGUUGACCUCAAGGACAGUAUGUGCAAAGAGGAACACAGCACAGCCAAUACCUGAGAGCUGAUGUAAGACAGCACAAGAUACCUCAGGAGGAACAGCUCACAGACACUGAGAUUGGAAUUAUGGUGAAUGAUCCUACAUGUUGCGAAUAGCACCGUAUAACCGGUGAAUGGUUCGAAGGCCAAAGUGGAUAGCAACAUUUUUGAGCUGUAUGAAAACUCCCAGAGACUACAGCAGAAUAUUUUCGUGUGGAAAAUAUCAUACACUGCUUUUCCAGUUAAAAGCCUAAAAUACAUUUUCUACAACAUGAAUGAGUUAAAGAUCUUACCAACACGAUGGUGCAGUCAGCAAUGGUUCUGGAAAUACAUUGCCAAUUUCUUGAUGGAUCUAAAGUUAAGUCGUGAAAACAUUUCCAAUAUGGCGACUAUCAUGAUUGGGCUUCACAACAUCUCCUCAGAAUCGGGUGUCCUCACUGAAACUACGCCUACGCUCUAUGGGGAUUCCUUGGCUUCUGGAGUCAGCUCCAAGUGGACUCUUGAGGAACUGCAGUUUAUUUUCUGAGCACUUUCACACUGGCUUCAUUUUUAAUAAUGGAGGUUGAGGGUUGGGUGUGAUGCAUAAUUUUUAGCCAUCUAUAUUUUGUAAAUUAGCAUACUAAUAUCUGCUCGUUGGCACUUUGCCAAAUGAGUCAAAUUUAGGAGUUGGACAAAUUAAAGUUGUGACCUCGUCAAAGAACCAGAGGAAAGGUUAAUGGAUCACCAAAGUAAACAGGACUCCUCUGUUGCAGACUUUCUCUUUCUCUUUCUUUUUUUUUGUUGCAGUGCCCUGUAUUCAUAAACACAGUU